AUGACUCGCGCCCCAUUAGACGGGAGGCCAAGACAGCUAGAAAGGCCACCUUUACGGGCACAUCACCAAAGCAGAAACAAGACAAACACAUCGUAUAUGGAUCAUCUACGUCCUGCUUCCCCUCCGAAAACAAAUCCCUGGGUGAAAAGGCCAUCUGCUGCUUCACUUGCGCCAGAGUGGCCAGUCUGCACACCGGAUUUUAGCCAGGAAAAUGAGGUGCCGGCGCAAGAAAAGGCAACAUCUCGAAGCGUGAAAUUUAUUUGUUCCGCCGAUACCAAGGAUUCGGAUGCUGUCUCGCCAUCAAAGAAGCUUCUCCAAGCGGCGGCGCCUCGGGCUUGUACCAGGUUGUGGCUACGGCCAUUUGGCGCCGACGUCUUCGUCUGGGCUGGCCGCGAGGUUUUUGAAGUGCACCGUAGCAUCGUGGAGUCGCAGUCGGCAUGGCUGAGACAAAACCUCCCACCCGCAAACAAGAAGGGGACCCCGAGCGACGUGCGCUUGCCUUUUUGCCCUCAGGUCGUGGGAUACGCGUUGCGAUUCAUGUACACGGAAAGCCUUGAAAUAUUAGAAUACGAUCGGGAGAACUUUUGUGAUCUGAUUUGUAUCCCACGUAGCGCAUUGCUGUACGUUGGCGCCGUGGAUCUUGGGGUCGAGGCGAUGAAAGAUCAUAUUGAAAAGGUCCUUGGACAGAUGUCUCAAGACCUGGCGUGUUACCUGACCAAGACAUUUGUGAACAAGACGAUGGAACAUGAGGAGGUUGCUGCGGCAGUUUUUCACCUUAGAAACGCAUUAGAAGUUGCAUAUUCACACGAAUCGCAAGCAGAAACUCUAUGCCUCCGGCGCGGUCUGGCCAGUCUAUUGGAUAUCUUAUUUCCCGUUCUCAUCCCACACCCGGAAUUUGUCAACUUGCUUUCAGACAAGGUUUGGAAAGACCACUCGGAAGCUAUAUCGCACGAUCUUGUCUAUGCGCGACGAGCGAAGGAGCGCUAG